AUGGAGGAUGAAGAUGGGACUUGUCUACUUGAUGUUUUGUGUGACCCCCAGGCCCUGAACGACUUCCUUCAUGGGACCAAUGAGCUGCCGACUGAGGACCUGCUCAUUAGCUCCUCCUCUGGGGAGACCUCCCUCUUCGCUGACGCCCCGAGCCCCGUCUCUCUGCUGGGAGAUGGCGGGGACUCCCCAGACACGCCUCCCCCCGGCUGUGUGGACCUGUCCUUCCUGGAGGAGGCUCUCCUGUCAUCGCCGGAGGGUGAAGACCUGCAGGUGGUGCAGGGUGGGCAGCCUGUGGAGGGUGGAUGUGAGGCGAAGGAGGGAGAGGUGCCGGAGGUGGAGGAGGCGGAGGUGGCGUGUGACAUCCUGCAGCAGAGCCUGCAGGAGGCGGACAUCACUGAGCAGACCAUGGCUCUGGAGGCAGGUCUGGCCCAUACCGGGGACAGCCUCUCCCUCUACUCACCCGCUCCUCUCCUCUCUCCUCCCCCUGCACCAUUCCUUACCAAGUCUGUGACCUUGACCGCCCCCCCGGCGCUGCCCAGAGACACCCAGGCAGCAGUGGAGCCCCCCCAGCCCUCGCUCCUGGCUGUCGGGCCUGGCUGCCCCUCUCUAAAACCUGCUGCACCACCUCAGCUGAUGGGGCUCCUGCCUGGAAACGUGUUCCCUGCUCCGUCUCCAGAGACCUCCUUCUCUCUGAGUCCCGCCCAGGGCUCCAGUAUGAUCAUCCACAAGGCCGUUCCCAGUUUGACCAGUCGUCCUCUCAUCACUCCAUCCCUGAGAGCCACAGCGGCAGCACCAGGGAUCGUUCUGCAGAGGGGCCCCCUCCACAUCCAGCCCAAGCUCCCCAUCAGCAUUCAGCCCAGACUGGUUCAAAUUAGCCCCAAGCCUUCUGGGCAGAAACCCACACCGGGUCUUACAUUCCUCCCUGGAACUGGCUCACCAAAUAUUCUACUGUCCCAAACUCCAGGCCAAAAGCCCACAGCCCCACAGCCGCAGCCCAGCCAGCAGCUCCACAAACCAGUCAGCCUGCAGUUAGUCAACCAGGGCGGCUCCUUCGUGCUCCAGCCUCAGGGACUCUUCCAGGGCCAAAACCAGUUCCUUCUUCCAGGCCAGUCCCCCGUCACAAUCUCUCAGCCUAACAAUGGGGCUCGAACGCUGCUGACUCCCAGUCACCAGGGCCCAUCGGCCACUGGGCAGCUCGUAGACGGCUCUCAGAUCCUUACCGUGCCCCAGAGACAGCUGAACUUCAGCCCUGUCUUCACCACCCCCACCGGGCAGCUCGCGCUCCGCCAGGCCACGGUGCUUUCAGGACCCUUGCAUCUACAGUCAGCCCCCCCCACUGUCUUCCAGAUGCCGGCACAGCUGGCUGGAGCCUACACUGCGGGGGGGCAGGGGCAGCGCGCCACCCUGCUCCACAGCCCCGCUCUUGGAAACCACAUAACCUUGAUCAACAGUUCGGGGGUGCUUCCCCAGGAUCUCACUUCCAUCUCGAUCGUCAACGGGCCCUCGGUGGUUCAGGGGCUGCCCUUCGCUGCCCAGGCCCCGGCUCCUCAGGCGGGGGGGGCGGAGGCACAGCUCAGCCUCCAGCAGGCGUCUGUGGUGCUGCUGCCAGAGAGAACUGUUCAAGAGGAGAGGAGCAGCUCAGAGGAGACUUUCCACCCACUGCCGCAGCCCUACGGACACGUGCUCCAGCACAUCUCCGUGCACCCCCCCUCCUCAGGGCCUCAGCCCCCCACCCCCGGGCUGCAGACCCCCUCUCCUCCUGUCGUCCCCGUCCUGCAGCCUCCUCCUGAACCUCCUCUGGCCCCCAACCCAGCUGCAGAGAUGCCCAAACUACUGAUGCCUCCAGUGGACAUGACCCAUGUGGUGGAGGAGGUGGCCCAGUCCAUGAGCCAGAACCAGGCCUUUAUGCAACAUCUGCAACAGCAAGCACUUAUCUCUCCCAUCGCCUCUGAUCUGCUGGUUGGAGCGCUGCCAGUGGUGCCGAUGGAGAUUCUCUCCUCCCCCAACGAGAGAGAGACCCAACCACAGACCCUCUCAGUCCCCGACCCGGACCCCCACAGCGUGACGUGUGACCAGCGUGUGGAGGCUUCUCCGCUCAGCUCAGAUCCUGAGGACACACCGCUGCUCUGCUCCUCCCCUCCCCACCUCCCUCAGGACACAGGGACAACAGCUCCAGCAGGGUUCUCCCCUCCAGCUGGAGCUCAGACGACUCCUCCUGCACCUGAGAGGUCAGCUCCACAGCCCCUCAUCGAGUCCCAAGCCCAGUACCAGGCCCCGCUUCAGCUCCAGGUCUCACAGGCCUUAUUCGGCCAGAACCAGGUGCAGCUCCAGUCGUCGGUUCCCCAGCCUCGGUCCUCGAGCCACACUCCAGCCCACAUCAGCUCCUCCUCCUCCUCCUCCUCCUCCUCCCCUGUGCUGGUCAGCGUCCCGGUGCCUCCGCAGCAGCCUGACCCCCCCGCUGCUUGUCUCUCCAAAGGAGGAGACGACUCCGCUGUGCAACAGCAAACACAAAACAAGCCGACAGCUGCCUUGGUCGUGGAGAGUAAAGUGUUUCCUCUCGAUGUCCGUCCACGCUCUCCUGUAGCCCACGAUGUCCACGGGCCCCCGGCUCCCAGGGACUGUGGCCCCGUCCAGACGAGCCAGCAGACGGGCACCAAGCUGGCAGUUUGUCUGGAGCAGCAGAGAGAGGACAGGAUCACACCAGCAAUACGCCGGCACAGGUUCCAGCAGCAGCUGUGUUCGGACCACGCAGAAGUUCAGCACCCGUUCACCGGCUCGGCCUUUUCCACGCUGAAGGACGCCGUGAGACGCCUGCUGCCGUACCACGCGUGUGCCGGUCACCUGCCGAGCCAGAGCGACUUCGGUUUAGUGGACCAGGAGUUUGACUCUGUGUCCGGCUUCCUGCUGAAACGCACCAAGGACAUGAUCAACAAGUACAGGCAGCUACUGGUCAGAGAAACUCAGCAGGAGAGUCCCUCAGCGGAGAUGGUGAUGCUGGAGCGUCUCUUCCUUCAGGCCGAGCGAUUCGCUUUAGCCGAGGACAGACGCAGAGCCCGCAGAGACCCAGAGUCGUUCAUGAUGGCCUUGACUACAUCAGCGUCUUCCCCUCAUGAAGCCCCCCCCUCCGGCCCCUCCCACCCGGUCUCCUCCGGCAGCCCCUCCUCCCCCCCAGCCUGGACCAGACUCUCGGACCGGCCCCCGGGACUGAAGACGUACCGCUCCAGCUCCCGCGGCGCCCUCAGGCUCACCAUCAAGCAGGAGUCGGGCUCCCGCAAGGUGGUGCACAACUCGGCCUGCGAGCCCGGACUCAAGAGGGACCACACGGGGCAGCUGACCAACGGGGGCGGAGCCGUGAGCGAGCGCCACUCUCAGCAGGCGCCCAACAGAGCGCCCCCCCGCCCCCAGCACGAGGAGCAGGUCGUCAAUGGGGCUCUGCAGAGCGACCCUGCACAGGAAGUCCCACAGCCUGCACCCAGUCCCAGAAUAAAAGCCCCACAUCCUCUUUCUAUGCCAGAGCCUCAGGCGGCUUGCUUCGAGUUGCCUCCCAGAGAUGUCAGUGCCCCAAAGCUGAAAUGUUACAGGCUGGAGGCCACGCCUCAGCCGGAGCCGCGGCCGAGUCCGCCCCCGCCCCCCCUCCAAGAGGACAACAUGCUCAGUGAACACCUACAGAGCGCCAUCGACAGCAUCCUAGAGCUGCAGCGCCUGCAGGGCCCCUCUGCAGCCCCGACCAGGGCCCCGUCAGGGCCGCCCCUGGACCAGGCUGUCACCAGCAUCCUGGAGGGACACCUGUGA